AGUGUCUGUCUGCAGGGAAGGAGCCUGUGGGGUAUCGGGGUGUGAAAUGGACUAACACUAAUUCAGAAACCUUCCCAAUCACCCUCUUCACCCUGACAGGCUGCAGAACCACGUCCAUGUUUUGCUCCAGAUCCUCCCAUCUUCCCAGGAGACAGAGACCUGGCUGUGGUGGAUCCAGCUCAGCACAGGAUUCCCCAUUCCCAAACCUGCCCUGAUCACCAGGCUGGAAAGCGGGGAAGAGCCAUUGGUCCCAGAUUUCCAGCCCUCCAAAUAAAUGGAGAUCCUGCGAGGCACCCGCACAGCAGGUGAUAGGACAAUGAGUGAGAACAAUGAGAAGAAUCAACAGCAGGAAGUUCCUGGGAAAGUGGAACCACAGGGGACGUUUUUGAGAAGAGCUGAAGGGAUUUUUUUCCAGUGCUUGGAACAGGGGAAAGCCUGGGGAAAUUGGCACAGGUCAGAGAGGCACCUGGGAAACCAUCCAAGGAAGAAAGUGGAUGAAUCCAUUCAACAUGGGGGAGGAUGCACAAAUCCCAAGAAAACCAUAGCCCAGCAGACAAAUCACAAGGAAGAGAAACCCUACAAAUGCCUUGACUGUGGGAAAAGGUUCAGUUGGAGUACAAACCUUCUUACACAUUGGAGAACCCACACAGGAGAGAAAUCCUAUAAGUGCUUGGACUGUGGGAAAAGCUUCAGUGAGAAGUCAUACCUUAUUACGCACCAGAGAGUGCACACAGGAGAGCGACCCUAUAAAUGCCUUGAGUGUGAGAAAAGAUUUAGUCAGAGGUCAUACCUUAUUACGCACCAGCGACAGCACACAGGAGAGAGACCCUAUAAAUGCCUUGAGUGUGGAAAAAGUUUUAGUGAAAGUUCAUCCCUUAUUAAACAUGGGCGAAUCCACACGGGAGAAAGACCCUACAAAUGCCUUGAGUGUGGGAAAAGAUUUAUUGAAAAUUCAUCCCUUACUAAACAUGGGAGAAUCCACACAGGAGAAAGACCCUAUAAAUGUCUUGAGUGUGGGAAAAGAUUCAGUUUGAAAUCAGCCCUUAAUGCACACCAGAGAAUCCACACAGGAGAGAAACCCUAUAAAUGCCUAGACUGUGGGAAAAGUUUUGCUCACAAUUCAGGCCUUAUUGCACAUCAGAGAAUACACACAGCAGAGAAGCCCUAUAUAUGCUUGGACUGUAGGAAAAAAUUCAGCCAUAAAUCAAACCUUAUUAAACAUCAGAGAAUCCACACAGCAGAGAAGCCCUAUAGAUGCUUGGACUGUGGGAAAAACUUCAGCCACAAAUCAAACCUUACUAGACAUCGGAAAAUCCACACAGGCCCAUGUUAAUGCCUGGACUGUGGGAAAUGUUUCAUUCAGUAAUGAAAUGACUGUGUGGGUUGUUACAGAUCAGACAACCCACACUGGAGAGAGACUCCAUAAGUGGUUGGACUGUAGAAAAAGCUUUAGCCACAGCUCAUACCUCACUAGACACGGCAGGAACCACACGGAGGAGAUACCCUAUAAAUCUCUUGACUGUGGGAAAAGUUUCAUUUGGAGCUCGCACCUUAUUAGACGUCAGAGAAUUCACACUGGAGAUAAACAUGAUAAAUGCGUCCACUGUGGGAAAAAUUUCAUUAAGAGAACAAACCCUUAUGGAAUCCACCCCGGUGAGAGACCCCCAAAAAUACCUUGACUGUGGGGAAAGCUUCAGUAGGAGCCCAGAGCUUAAGCAUCAAUUAAUCAUCAGAGAAUCCACAAAGUUCAGAGACCCUAGAAAUAGCUUGACUGUGGGGAAAUGAUUCAAUCUGAGUUCACACAUGAGUGAUCCAUACAACAGAGAGACUUCAAAUAUGGAGAAAGCUUCAAUUGGUUGCUCCCAUAGUAUCAAGCAUCAGUAAAUCCACACAGGGAAGAGGAGAGGUGCCUCUUCCCCCAAGCCCAGGUGCUGUUGUGGGGAGAGAGUGCUGCGGGGAGUCCUCUCUCCCCACUGUAGCCCCUGAGCACCUUCCUGCACCUCAAACCCCUCAUCCCUGGCUCCACCCCAGAGCCAGCACCACCAGCUGGAGCCCUCACACCCCUGCACCCCAACCAUCU